GGCCUCAUCACCAGAACAAGCCGAGUACGCUCCGGUUCAUAUCGCACCUCUCCACGUCCAAUGCCACCACAGUGCAUAGGUUUUGCACGUAUAUAUAAAUGCUCCUCCGUAACAGUGCCAACUCGUUCACUAAGAUACGUAUUUUGCAUGGGUUUCUAAAUUAACUCUCUGUUUUAAUUAAUUACUUUUCCUUUGAGCAUUUUCUUACUGUAUUUUUAUGAUUAAUUUGUUGUGGAGUCAUGAAAAGAAGUAGUGCAAUGUUUUGGGGAGUGGUUUGUUUGUGUUUGUGGUUUUCUUCGACUUGUGUCGUUGAAGCUAAGAGGAAAGCAAGGUUUUCGAGUGAUGUGAGUCGUAGAAUGAUAGGUAUGGGAUUAGGACACAGGCGUGGUGAAGUAUUCGCCCAUCAUGUAACUGCAGAUAGUGGUUAUGGAGACUGCCCUGGUGCUGGUUCAGGGAGUAAGGGAUGUGUAGGCCGUGAUGGUGGUAGUGGCGGCAGAGGGGGAGGUAUGGGCAAUGGAGGAAGUGGUGGUUUUGGAGGUGGGGGAGGUGUUGGCAGUGGCGGAAGUGGUGGUUUCGGUGGUGGGGGAGGUGUUGGCAGUGGCGGAAGUGGUGGUUUCGGUGGUGGGGGAGGUGUUGGCAGUGGAGGAAGUGGUGGUGGGGGAGUUGGCAAUGGGGGAAGUGGUGGUUUCGGGGGUGGGGGAGGUUUUAGAAGUGGGGGAAGUGGUGGUUUCGGUGGUGGCGGCGACGGAGGUUAUGGAGGUGGCGGUGGUGGCUUUGGUGGUGGCGGUGGCUUUGGUGGUAGCUACGACCCGGGGCGUGGGGUUGGAGGUGUAGGGUUUGGUACUGGCGGUGGCUACAGUUACGGCAAUGUAGGAGGUGGGGGUGGUGGAGGAGGGUGGUCAGGAAAUGGCGACGGGGGAUAUGGUUCUCCAGGUGCAGGAAAAGGUGGCAAAUAUGGUUCAGCUUCUACAUCUCAAAAGGACCAUCCACGGAAAUAA